AUGCCUAUUGUGUAUGAAUAUGAUUCAGGUUCAACUACCUGUUUUUGGGUUCACCUGCGCUACAUGAAGCUGAGAAAUCAAACCCAGCUUUCAGAAUUCCUUCUCCUGGGAUUCUCAGAGGACCCAGCCCUGAAGCCCAUUAUAUUUCAGCUGUUCCUCUCCAUGCAUGUGCUCUGUGUCAUUGGGAACAUGCUCAUUGUCCUGGCCAUCCUCUCAGACCCACAACUCCACAUGCUUAUGUACUUCCUCCUCGGCAACCUGCCUUUAGUGAACGUCUGCUUCACUUCCACCAUCAUCCCCAAGAUGCUGGUGAACAUUCAGACACAGAGCAGAGCCAUCAGCUAUGCAGGCUGCAUCACACAGAUGUUCUUCUUCAUAAUCUUUGCAACAUUAGGUGACUUUCUCCUGGCUGUAAUGGCCUAUGACCAGUUUGUGGUCAUCUGUCACCCCCUGCACUACACUACCAUCAUGAACUCCUGGCUCUGUGUGCAACUGGUUCUGCUAUGCUGGGCCAUUGGUGUCUUGCAUUCCUUGUUAAACAGUUUAUUGGUGCUGAGGCUGAGCUUCUGCACACACCUGGAAAUCCCUCACUUUUUCUGUGAGUUGAAUCAGGUGAUCCACAGAGCCUGUUCUGACACCUUUCUCAAUGACCUCAUAAUGGAUCUUGCAGCUAUGCUUUUAGGGGUUGGUCACCUGUCUGGGAUCCUGUUCUCCUACUCUAAGAUCUCCUCCUCCAUCUGUACCAUCUCAUCAACUCAGGGCAGGUAUAAAGCCUUUUCCACCCAUGCCUCUCACCUCUUGACCAUCUCCCCAUUUUAUGGCACAACCCUGGGUGUGUACCUCAGUGCCAGUGCUGCCCCAAGUUCAGCCUUAACUGCAGCAGCCUCGGUGAUGUACACAGUGGUCACCUCCAUGCUGAACCCCUUCAUCUACAGCCUAAGGAACACAACUAUGAUUAAACACUUAAAUAUCGUGAUUAUUGAAAAACUAAAGGAAGAGACAACGGAGGCAGAGAAAUAUGACUAA